AUGGAGAACUACACUGUUUACAACAACACUCCUACCGUAAUGGCGGAAGACUUUGAAUGUUUAUACGGAACAUUUGUGGAUUUACCAAUCGACAUAAUUUCAGUCAUAAUCGGAAUAUGCGGUAUGUUAGGAAACUUGUUUUUUCUCUUCGUGAUAGCUCGGGCAAGGUCUUUACAAAACGCGACAACGUAUUUACUUGUGAGUCUGUGUAUCUCCGACCUCGUUUAUUUGCUAAUGCACACUAUUUUUAGGCCAAGGUGGCUACCGAAAGGCGACGCCCAUACGUGGGACCAAGUAAUGUGCAUAAAGGGGAGUAUAACCAACUCAAUGUUUUCAGUUUCUAUCUUCACCAUAUUGACCAUCGCUGUCGAGAGGUAUUUAGGUGUAUGUAAACCCAUGUUCUAUAAAGUACACAGCUUAGAUAAGUUUAGUAGACUCCUCCCUUUAUUGAUAACAUUAUGGGUCUUGGGAUUUACUCUCGGUUUUACAUAUAGCAUGCAUUGCUACGUGAAUACGGAUUAUUACGAUGAAAACUUACUUUGGUGGGUCACCGCCGUUGUCAUGACUGUAAUAUACUUUGUCUCAAUGACUGUCGUUGUUGUGCUCUACGCGCUUGUUGUACAGAGAAUUAAGCAGUCAAACGCACGACUUGAACGUUCGAAGAAUUUCGACAUACAGCGGCAGCGUGUCAACGUGGUUCGCCUCUGCAUUGUCACCGCAGUUGUGUUCUUCUUCUGUUUGUUUCCAAGGACGUUGUACAUCUUGGCGUAUUUCAACUUUCUGGUGACGGGCGAUAGCGAUUUUGUUGACACUCUUUAUUGCUGGAACGACACUUUUAUUGCUAUAUUGAUGAUCAAUUCGGCAGUGAAUCCUGCCAUUUACAAUGCAACGUGUUCUAUUUAUAGAAAUGCAUUUGCCAAAGAGCUGAAAUGUUCGUCAAAGAAAUCGUUUGAUCCCAAAUCCGCUAAGAGUGACACACUUCCACGACGCAACACUGCCAAUGACGACAGCGAUUGGUGUGGCACAAUGGUGUACGAUACCUAUCGCUUCUUAGGCGAACAUGUGUGGAUUCCUCGCAAUCUUAACGUAAAACCUUGUGUGGAUAAUAACACCAAAGUAUAA